CAGCUAUCGUGGGUAUAACACAAUGAUGGUAUAAGUUAGACAGAUAUCGCCGGUAUAACACAAUGAUGGUAUAAGUUAGACAGCUAUCGCGCACGGUAUUGAAAUACGACGAAAAGUUAUUACUAAAUAAAAUAUUACAUGUAUGUGUCGUAAUAAUAAUACAAGUAGUAGAACAUGUGAGUUGACAUUAUAAAGAAGUGUCCUUAUACUUUCUCAUUAUUCUCUUGCAUAUCAAAUCACUCAUGUUAUUAUUCUUUAUUGUAUAUGGCUGCUCUCGGCCACCGUAAGGGAAGCCAUUCCUUUCCGUAUGUUGUUAUGAUGAAAUAAAUGAACACACAGUCGAUACACAGCCAUCGUUAAGUGUUUCGAACUAGACAUUGAACUGAGCCAACAUUACUUUCCAAUACGGCGGUUAUUACUAAGCCAGAUUUGGAACAUCAAAUGCACAAGCUUACUCCGCCAUCUUCACUGGUAAUAAAGGAGGAACAGAACCCACAUAAACACUGGUUUGACUUAAUACGGUUACGUACUGUAUUAGGAUUACUGUGUUGUGCUCAGGCUUGGGGACCAAUAGAUUAAACACUGUAUCAUACUUUGGAGACUAAUGGCUUCAUCAUCUAAUGCACUUCUGUCCAUGAUUAACAACCCGGACCCAAGUGAGACGAACCCGCAAUUUGUUAAGAAUACAGAAGAGUUUGAAAAAUGUACGGCAUGUAAAACGCUUCUGUGGAAUGCGUACCAGUUACCUUGUGGUCACCAUGUAUGUCCCAAUGGUUUAGAACGUGUUCUAGAGAACGGACGAUGCAUGGUGGCAGACUGUGCAUUGGAAUGUAGGCAGAAUGAGAUUUUCCCAGACAGUUGUAAACGAAGAGAAAUCGCAAACUUGGAAGUUAAGUGCGGGAAUCAAGGUUGUCAGAAAACAGUGCGAUGGGGUAAUCUAAAGAACCACGAAAGAUCUUGUGAUUACCGACUUGUGGAAUGCGAUCUGUGCCAUGAAUUAGUGAGGAUGUCUUCCAUACAGAAACAUAAAGAUGAGGAGUGUGCGCAGAGGAUACUUUCGUGUCCAAAUCAAUGUGGAGUGUCCGCAGCAGCAAUCAACUUGCAAAAACACCUGGCGGAGGAGUGUCCUAAUGUCCUGAUGAGUUGUCCAAAUGAGUGUGGAAUAACACCUGUGUCCAGGGAAGAGUUAACACACCAUGCCAAUAAAUGUCCAUUGAGACGAACAAUAUGUCGGUUCAAAGACGUCGGAUGUCCCUUUCAGGGUCUAGAGCAUGAAGUCACGAAGCACGCGGUGGAUGGUUUACCUUACCAUGUGGAGCUCAUUGCGUCUCGUGAGUUGGUUGUCGAAAAUGCCACUAAAGAGCACAUCAGCGAUAUUAAGGAAACCAUCAAUAAAAUACUCAGGCAAUCAGAAGAAAUGAAAAAAAUACAGGAUGCAAAUACAAAACUAAAGAAAGAGUGUCUCAUGAACAAGAAAUCAAUACAGGAUAUGAAGAAACUCCUGGCGUCCCAAGGAGAAAAAGUUAUCAACGUGGAAAGGCAGGUAGAGGACAAAAUCAGUAAUGACAGAGUAGACUGUAUCAAACGUGAUCUAGCUGCUGUCAAAGAUACGUCAGAGGGGGCGAGGCAAAGGAUCGAAACUUUAGAGAAAGCAACGGGAUCCAGCGACCAGUCCAGAGGCACUGGCGUACAGGUAGUCGAACGUGUUGAGAACCAAGUUAGGCUAUUGGAUGGCCGAGUUUGCGAGAUAGACUUGAGACUGCAAUUGCUCGAGACUAUUAACUACAACGGUGUCCUGAUGUGGAAGAUCCGAGAUUACAGGCGGCGGAAAGUCGAGGGUAUAAAUGGUAAAACACUGUCGCUAUACAGCCAACCAUUUUACACCAGUCAGUACGGGUACAAACUAUGCGGGCGGGUGUAUCUGAAUGGCGACGGAUCAGGGAAAGGAGCAUACCUUUCUUUUUUUAUAGUUGUUAUGAAGGGCGACUUUGACGCCCUUCUUCCGUGGCCUUUCAUUUCACCUACCACCCUGAUGGUUUUGGAUCAAAAUGGAACGGGAUUACAUGUACAUGAAACGUUCACGCCGAACCCGACUAGUAAUAGUUUCCGCAAACCUGCGACCGAAAUGAACGUCGCAUGCGGCGUCCCUUGUUUUGUAAAGCACACGAAGCUAGAAACCGACACAUAUUUAAAAGAUGACACGAUAUUCUUACGAGCAGUUGUUGACUGUUCGAAAAUCAAAGCUCUUUAUUAAAUAUAACGUAAAGAAAGCGAAAAAAAAAUCUUAGAAUCUGCCAAUCAUAUAUUAAAAACAAUGUAAACAAGAUCUUGAAAUAAUACAUGAUGAUCUAUACCGGGAGUUCUGAGAUAAUCCCACGGGUAAAUCAUCAUUAUAGUUAAUAUUCAUGGCAAUUUUAGAUGAAGUGCUUCAGGUCUGCGAUAUCUUUUUUUUACCUUAACAUUAAAUCGGAAAGCAAACCAAAUUUAGAAAAUCAAUCUUAUUCAAAUGAUAUGCAACGCUUCAGUCAUAACCGGUUUUAUGUCCAUUUCACGAAUCCGAAUGUUUUUGUGGUGAAGAAUACCACAGAAAAAUAUUCUUCAUUUAUUUCGAUAUUCUAACAAUAAAUGUUGUGCGACAUCUUUCGGAGUUGUAAAAACAACAAAAAUGGAUCAGAGAACACAAUGACAAUUAAACUCAGAAAAUAAAUUAAAGAGUUUGAUGGUAAUCUACAUUCACGACACAUUUUUCUAGGUGACCUACAAUCACGACACAUUUUUUCUAGGUAUUCUACACUCACGACACAUACAAUCUCGACACAUAUGUCUCGGUAACCUACAAUCACGAUACAUAUUUCUGUGUAACCUACACUCACGAUACAUAUUUUUAGGAAACCUACAAUCACGACCCAUUUUUCGAGGUAACCUACAAUCACGACCCAUUUUUCCAGGUAACCUUCACUCACGACACAUAUUUUUAGGUAACCAACAAUCACGGCACAUAUUUCUAGAUAACCUACAUGUACAAUCACGACAAAUUUUUUUCUAGGUAGCCUACACUCACGACACAUUUUUCUAGGUAACCUUCACUCACGACACAUAUUUUUAGGUAACCUACAAUCACGACACAUAUUUCUAGAUAACCUACAUGCACAAUCACGACACAUUUUUCUAGGUAACCUACAAUCACGACACAUUUUUCGAGGUAACCUACAAUCACGACACAUUUUUCCAGGUAACCUUCACUCACGACACAUAUUUUAGGUAACCUACAAUCACGACACAUAUUUCUAGAUAACCUACAUGUACAAUCACGACACAUUUUUUUCUAGGUAGCCUACACUCACGACACAUUUUUCUAGGUAACCUACAAUCACGACACAUAUUUUCUAGGUAACCUACAAUCACCACACAUAUUUCUAGGUAACCUACAAUCACGACACAUAUUUCUAGAUAACCUACAUGCACAAUCACGACACAUUUUUCUAGGUAACCUACAAUCACGACACAUUUUUCGAGGUAACCUACAAUCACGACACAUUUUUCCAGGUAACCUUCACUCACGACACAUAUUUUUAGGUAACCUACAAUCACGACACAUAUUUCUAGAUAACCUACACGUACAAUCACGACACAUUUUUUUCUAGGUAGCCUACACUCACGACACAUUUUUCUAGGUAACCUACAAUCACGACACAUAUUUUCUAGGUAACCUACAAUCACCACACAUAUUUCUAGGUAACCUACAAUCACGACACAUUUUUUCUAGGUAACCUACACUCACCAUACAUUUUUUUUUUGUUAAUCUACAAUCACGACACAAAUUUCUAGGUGACCUACAAUCACGACAAAUAUUUCUAGGUAACCUACACUCACGACACAUAUUUCUAGGUAAUCUACAAUCACGACACAUAUUUCUAGGUAACCUACAAUCACGACACAUUUGUCUAGGUAACCUACAAUCACGACACAUAUUUCUAGGUAAUCUGCACUCACGACACAUUUGUCUAGGCAACCUAAAAUCACGACACAUAUUUCUAGGUAGCCUAAAAUCACGACACAUAUUUCUAGGUAACCUACAAUCACCACACAUUUUUUCUAGGUAACAUACACUCACCACACAUAUUUCUAGGUAAUCUACAAUCACGACACAAAUUUCUAGGUGACCUACAAUCACGACAAAUAUUUGUAGGUAACCUACACUCCCGACACAUAUUUCUAGGUAAUCUACAAUCACGACACAUAUUUCUAGGUAACCUACAAUCACGACACAUUUGUCUAGGUAACCUACAAUCACGACACAUAUUUCUAGGUAAUCUGCACUCACGACACAUUUGUCUAGGUAACCUAAAUCACGACACAUAUUUCUAGGUAGCCUAAAAUCACGACACAUAUUUCUAGGUAGCCUAAAAUCACGACACAUAUUUCUAGGUAACCUACAAUCACGACACAUUUUUUCUAGGUAACAUACACUCACGACACAUAUUUUCUAGGUAACCUACACUCACGACACAUUUUUCUAGGUAACCUACAAUCACGACACAUAUUUCUAGGUAACCUACAAUCACGACACAUAUUUCUAGGUAACCUACAAUCACGACACAUUUUUUCUAGGUAACCUACACUCACCACACAUAUUUCUAGGUAAUCUACAAUCACGACACAAAUUUCUAGGUGACCUACAAUCACGACAAAUAUUUGUAGGUAACCUACACUCACGACACAUAUUUCUAGGUAAUCUACAAUCACGACACAUAUUUCUAGGUAACCUACAAUCACGACACAUUUGUCUAGGUAACCUACAAUCACGACACAUAUUUCUAGGUAAUCUGCACUCACGACACAUUUGUCUAGGUAACCUAAAAUCACGACACAUAUUUCUAGGUAAUCUACAAUCACGACACAUAUUUCUAGGUAAUCUACAAUCACGACACAUAUUUCUAGGUAACCUUCACUCACGACACAUAUUUCUAAGUAACCUACAAUCACGACACAUAUUUCUAGAUAACCUACAAUCAUGACAUAUUUCUGUGUAACCUACAAUCACGACACAUUUUUCUAGGUAACCUACACUCACGACACAUUUUUCUAGGUAACCUUCACUCACGACACAUAUUUUUAGGUAACCUACAAUCACGACACAAAUUUCUAGGUAACCUACAAUCACGACACAUACUUCUAGGUAAUCUGCAAUCACGACACAUUUUUCUAGGUAACCUACAAUCACGACACAUACUUCUAGGUAAUCUACACUCACGACACAUUUUUCUAUGUAACCUUCACUCACGACACAUAUUUUCUAGGUAAUCUACAAUCACGACACAUAUUUCUAGGUAAUCUACAAUCACGACACAUAUUUCUAGGUAAUCUACAAUCACGACACAAAUUUGUAGGUAACCUACAAUCACGACACAUUUUUUCUAGGUAACCUACAAUCACGACACAUAUUUCUAGGUAAUCUACAAUCACGACACAUUUUUCUAGGUAAUCUACAAUCACGACACAUUUUUCUAGGUAACCUUCACUCACGACAAAUAUUUCUAGGUAACCUACAAUCACGACACAUAUUUCUAGGUGACCUACAAUCACGACACAUAUUUCUAGGUAACCUACAAUUACGACACUUACAAUCACGACGAAUACAAAUACGACACAUAUUUCUGUGUAAUCUACAAUCACGACACAUAUUUCUACGUAACCUACAAUCACGAAACAUAUUUCUAGGUAACCUACACUCACGACACAUAUUUCUAAGUAACCUACAAUCACGACACAUAUUUCUAGGUAAUCUACAAUCACGACACUUAUUUCUAAGUAACCUACAAUCACGACACAUAUUUCUAACUUCAUGUAAACAAAAUUGAAAAAUCAUACAACCGUUCGUUAUGUUCUUAUUGUUUGUUAUUGUUGUUCAUCCGGGAUAUAGUUGUUUGCUUUUUGAUAUACAGAGCAUCCUCUUAUCAAUACAUAUAUUCAGAUAGCAAUUACUCAACUAAUAUUCUUGAGAGCGCUCUUCUUGUUUUUUGUUUUUGCACCAUGCUAAAUGUAGGAAAGGCCUAUCCAUAGUUUUGAGUUCAACAUCAGACGAAGUAACAUACAUGUAUAUUUACACAUAGGCUCCACAAUAAAAAGAGUAACACUUCGUGUAAACUUACACAGAAGUUCGUCAUUAGAAAUAGUAACACCUCGUAUAUACUUACAUGUAAUUCGACAAUAGAAAGAGUAAAACUUCAUGUAUACUUACACAGAAGUUCGACGUUAGAAAUAGAAACAAUUCGUGGAUAGACCCAAACUAAACUACACGUUAAAUCACCAGAAGAAAUAAUAAAACAUUGUAUAGACAUAUGCUAAAAUUACACGUCGAUAUCCACAAAAUAACUGUCCUUAUAUAGGUCAAUACAUCUAACUAUAUUAAAUCAAUAUUUAUAGCCUCUAUGUCAUUCAUCUAACCCUUUUAUUAUGAUCGACAUGGAAUCAACAAUGUACAUAUUUUGUGUUUACCUAUUUGAAUAUUUGCUAGGCAAACCAGUCAAAAUGCUGCUACACAUACACUCUUCAGCCUAUUAUUCCUUAGAUAACGCUCCUUAUUAUUUUGAUUCUUACUUUUUUUUGGGUGUUUUUUUUUCAUUGUUUUUAUAUGUACAGUAUAUAUAUGUAUAUAUUUGCUGAAUAACUUGUGCCAGUACAUGUACAAGUAAUCGGUUUUGGACAGUCCUCCGGAUAUACUCGUCCCGGUUAUCGUGCCCCCCCCCCCCCCCCCCCCCCCCCAAAAAAAAGAACAAAUCCUUUUCUAUCUUAUUUGGUUGAUUUGUAAUGUUCAAUUGACGGUUCUUCCAUGAGACAUUGCCAUUGCUACCCGAUGACGGGCCGAAUUUUGUUUGACGCAAUGAACUGUAACUUCGGAGAUAAUAAAAAAACCCUACAUAGCACCCUCUGUCAUCACAUCGCUUCAACUUUGGCUUUUCUUUUAAUUUAAACCUUUUAUUUUGAUUGUUUAUUUCUACCUUAUGUACAUCACUUAAGAUGAUUUCUAAUUAUUUACAAUGGGCCUUCGACGGAUUCAUUAUCGACCUCGAUUAGUGAGCCAUGUCGUACAACUAAACAUACAUCGUUGGUCGUCACACUGAGUGGUCAAAAUGGUCACAUCCGAAUAAUAUAAUUAUUCCCAUCGAAUUCAAUAUAAUACAUCACAAGACCAGUCAGGUCAAGGAAAUAGAAUUUAACCUUGCUUGUGAUAAAAAUGUUCGUUGACUUAAAAAUACUGUUUUUAUUUUAUUUUUUAAUUUACAUAAUGUUUUAUAUUUUAAACAAUGCGAACUUUACAUAUGCUUUGACAAAGAUAAAUGAAACGUUGAUACCUUUACUUAAAAUGAUAUUAACACCAAUCUGUGAUACUAACAUUUUAAUAAAGACCUAUAUCAUCA